AUGGCAAACGCUCCAGCACAGAAGAAGAGCAUGAACCAACCAGCAAUUGUCAAAGGCAUAGACAUCAGCGAGAUCUUCUCCGAAAAUGUCGCCGCAAAAAUCCUCCAAGUAGCCCAAAGAGGCAUGAAAAACCCAGCCCCCCUCAAAACCUACCCCCACACAGUCCCCCAAACAGGCCCAAACGCAGGCACAUACGAAGAGCGCGAAGCCGACUUCUGGACCUGCGGUUUCUUCCCCGGCAGCAUCUACGCCCUCCUCGAGCGCGCAACCCGCUACCCCCAAGCCCUCCGCAUCCCAACAUCCCUCCGCCCGCAGCUCAGCGCGCAGCUCCUCGCCCUCGGCCGCCACUGGAGCGUCGCCAUCGCGCACAUGUCGCGCCGCACCGAUACCCACGACAUGGGUUUCAUAGUACAGCCCGCGCUGCAGUCCGACUGGGAGCUAACCGGCAACGCGGCGAGUCUAGCCUGCGUCGUCGACGCAGCAUAUGCGCUUUCAUCGCGCUGGGACGAGCGCGUAGGCGCGAUACGCAGCUGGGAUGUUGCGGUUAACAACCGCUACGCACUGACGGAUAUGGGGAGGAAUUUCCUCGUCAUCGUAGACAGCAUGUGUAAUCUCGACCUCCUGUACUACGUCGCGCACCAUGUUGGCGAUCCCGCGCUCGCUGCUCUUGCGACGCGCCAUGCUGACACGGUUAUGCAAGCUAUCAUCCGCCCCGAUCACUCGACGUUCCACCUCGUCAACUUCGAUCCCGCUACGGGGCGUCCGCAGGCGAAACUCACGAACCAGGGCUGGGAUGACGACUCGACGUGGAGUAGAGGCCAGGCGUGGUGUAUCCUCGGCUUCGCGCAGGUUUAUGCCUGGACGAAGGAUGGGAAGUACCUCGCUACGGCGGUGGAUUGCGCGCAGUACUUCCUGCGCCGCGCGCGCGAGGGCGAGGGGAAGUGGACGUAUCCGCUUGUUCCGAGGUGGGAUUUUGACGCCCCGCGAGAGGAGGGGGGUGUGCUGCGCGAUGUGUCUGCGGGUUUGAUUGCGGCGAAUGGGUUGCUGCUUGUGCAUCGGGCGCUGCAGGCCCUUCCGUCGGAGAGCGCGGCGCAGAUCGUGGGCGAGAGUGAUAUGGAUUUCCUGGACACUGCGGUGCGGAUUGUGGGCCAGACGCUGGAGAUGGCGUAUGAUUCGGAUUUAGCGUCUUUCGCGACGGCACCGCUGGGGAAGGAUGUGGUGAAUGGAAACAGGAGUCCGGACGAGCAGGUCAGCGUGAGAGAAAGCGGGUUCGAUGCUAUUCUACGGCAUUCGACGGCGAAUUGGAAUGCGGAUGCGCAUGUCAAGUAUAAGGACCAUGGGUUGGUGUAUGCGGAUUACUAUCUUUUGGAGUUCGGGAAUAAGAUGUUGAGGAUGGGCGUUUUGUGA